GGUGGCCAAGCUGGAAAAGCACCUGAUGCUUCUCCGCCAGGAGUAUGUAAAGCUGCAGAAGAAACUAGCUGAUACCGAAAGGAGAUGCAAUCUUCUGGCUGCCCAGGCUAACCAAGACAAUGCCAGUGACACCUUCAUCAGUCGACUUCUUGCCAUUGUAGCUGAACUCUAUCAGCAGGAGCAGUACAGUGAUCUGAAGAUAAAGGUUGGGGACAAACACAUCAGUGCUCACAAAUUUGUCUUGGCGGCACGCAGUGAUGCUUGGAGUCUUGCCAACCUUGCCUCAACAGAGGAGCUGGAUCUGUCAGAUGCUGACCCAGAGGUAACCAUGGCAAUGCUGCGGUGGAUCUACACAGAUGAACUUGAGCUAAAAGAAGAUGAUAUCUUCUUGACAGAGCUCAUGAAACUAGCUAAUAAAUUUCAGCUCCAGCUGCUUAGAGAAAGAUGUGAAAAAGGAGUUAUGUCAUUAGUUAACGUCAGGAACUGCAUUCGUUUCUAUCAGACUGCUGAGGAGCUGAAUGCUAGCACUCUUCUGAACUAUUGUGCUGAGAUAAUUGCUAGUCACUGGGAUGACUUGCGUAAAGAAGACUUCAGUAGCAUGAGUGCUCAGUUAUUGUAUAAAAUGUUCAAGUCAAAGACAGAAUAUCCUUUGCAUAAGGCUAUUAAAGUUGAGCGAGAAGAUGUUGUCUUUUUGUAUCUUAUUGAAAUGGAUUCACAGCUUCCUGGGAAGCUUAAUGAAUUGGAUCACAAUGGAGAUCUUGCUUUGGAUCUAGCCCUUGCCCAAAGAUUGGAGAGUAUUGCAACUACAUUGGUCAACUACAAGGCGGAUGUAGAUAGGGCAGACAAGAAAGGCUGGAGUCUAUUACAUAAAGCCAUCCAAAGAGGAGAUAAAUUUGCUGCAAACUUUCUCAUUAAAAAUGGUGCCCGUGUGAAUGCUGCUACACUGGGAGACCAGGAGACUCCUCUGCACCUCGUGGCAUCAUACAGUCCCAAGAAGUAUUUGCCAGAUGUCAUGGCAGAGAUGGCACAGAUAGCAGAGUCCCUCUUACAGGCAGGAGCCAAUCCAAAUAUGCAGGACAGCAAAGGAAGGACACCGCUACAUGUGUCAAUUGUGGUCAGGAAUGAACCUGUAUUCAGUCAGCUUCUCCAGUGCAAAAAACUAGACUUGGAGCUGAAGGAUCAUGAAGGAAGCACAGCUUUGUGGCUUGCAGUUCAGUAUAUCACUGUAUCGUCUGAUCAGUCUGUAAACCCUUUUGAGGAUGCACCUGUUGUAAAUGGAACCUCAUUUGAUGAGAACAGUUUUGCAGCAAGGUUGAUCCAACGAGGCAGCAAUACAGAUGCUCCAGACACAGUAACAGGAAACUGCUUGCUUCAGAGGGCAGCUGGUGCAGGAAAUGAGGCAGCUUCUCUCUUCCUAGCAACUCAUGGAGCAAAAGUCAACCACCAAAACAAAUGGGGAGAAACACCACUGCAUACAGCCUGUAGGCAUGGCCUAGCAAACCUGACAGCAGAACUUCUGCAACAAGGAGCCAACCCAAACAUCCAGACAGCAGAAGCAGUGCUGGGUCAGAAGGAUAUGUCUUCUCCAACAGCAGAGAAUGUUUAUCUGCAAACUCCCCUUCACAUGGCUAUUGCUUACAAUCACCCAGAUGUGGUGUCAGUCAUCCUGGAACAAAAAGCUAAUGCUCUUCAUGCUACCAACAACUUGCAAAUUAUUCCUGACUUUAGUCUAAAGGACUCGAGAGACCAGACUGUGCUGGGAUUGGCUCUUUGGACAGGCAUGCACACAAUAGCAGCUCAGCUGCUUGGAUCUGGGGCGUCCAUCAAUGAUACAAUGUCAGAUGGACAGACUCUACUACAUAUGGCCAUACAGAGACAAGACAGUAAGAGUGCACUCUUCUUGCUGGAACAUCAGGCAGAUAUAAAUGUCAGCAGAACACAGGAUGGAGAAACUGCCUUACAGCUGGCCAUAAAAAACCAGCUCCCUCUUGUGGUUGAUGCUAUUUGUACCAGGGGAGCCGACAUGUCUGUGCCAGAUGAGAAAGGAAAUCCUCCUUUGUGGCUUGCCUUAGAAAAUAACCUGGAAGACAUUGCAUCAACUCUGGUUAGGCAUGGCUGUGAUUCAACCUGUUGGGGGUCAGGACCAAGUGGCUGCUUACAAACUCUUCUUCACAGAGCUAUUGAUGAAAACAGUGAACAAAUAGCAUGCUUUCUUAUUCGCAGUGGUUGUGAUGUGAACAGUCCCAGAAAGCCAGGCCCAAAUGGAGAAGGAGAAGAGGAGGCUCAUGAUGGACAGACACCCCUACACUUGGCAGCCUGCUGGGGACUAGAAGAGGUGAUCCAGUGCCUUUUGGAGUUUGGUGCCAAUGUCAAUGCUCAGGAUGCAGAAGGAAGAACUCCAAUCCAUGUUGCCAUUAGCAACCAACAUAAUGUUAUCAUUCAGCUUAUGAUUUCACAUCCAGAUAUUAAGCUAAAUGUACGUGACAGGCAAGGAAUGACUCCCUUUGCAUGUGCUAUGACCUAUAAAAAUAACAAAGCAGCUGAAGCAAUCUUGAAGAGGGAACCCGGAGCUGCUGAACAGGUUGAUAAUAAAGGUCGGAAUUUCCUCCAUGUAGCUGUUCAGAACUCAGAUAUUGAGAGUGUGCUGUUCCUGAUUAGUGUACAGGCUAAUGUAAACUCUCGGGUCCAGGAUGCCUCCAAACUAACACCUCUCCACCUGGCUGUACAAGCUGGCUCAGAGAUCAUUGUGCGUAAUCUGCUGCUUGCAGGUGCCCAAGUGAAUGAACUGACUAAGCAUCGUCAGACUGCUCUUCACUUAGCAGCCCAGCAAGAUUUGCCUACAAUUUGUUCAGUCCUCCUGGAGAAUGGAGUAGACUUUGCAGCUGUAGAUGAAAAUGGAAAUAAUGCGCUUCAUCUGGCAGUGAUGCAUGGCCGUCUAAACAAUAUCCGGGUCCUCCUCACAGAGUGCAAUGUAGAUGCAGAAGCCUUUAACAUUAGAGGCCAGUCACCAAUGCAUAUUUUGGGACAAUAUGGGAAAGAUAAUGCAGCAGCCAUCUGUGACCUCUUCUUGGAGUGUAUGCCAGAAUACCCUCUAGACAAACCUGAUGCUGAAGGAAACACAGUGCUUCUGUUGGCUUACAUGAAGGGAAACGCUAACUUGUGUCGUGCAAUAGUGAGAGCUGGGGCUCGUCUUGGAGUUAACAAUAAUCAAGGAGUCAAUAUCUUCAACUACCAGGUUGCUACAAAACAGCUUCUCUUUAGACUGCUGGAUAUGCUGACAAAAGAACCUCCCUGGUGUGAUGGCUCCAACUGCUAUGAAUGCACUGCCAAAUUUGGAGUCACGACAAGAAAGCAUCACUGUCGACACUGUGGACGCCUGCUCUGCCAUAAGUGCUCAACAAAGGAGAUUCCUAUCAUAAAAUUUGAUCUGAACAAGCCAGUUCGAGUUUGCAACAUCUGCUUUGAUGUCCUGACUCUGGGAGGAGUCUCCUAGUAUGCUGUGGAAGUAAAGGGAUUCCCAGUCAGUGUUCCUG